AUGAUUCGCUCUAUACACCAACAAGCAGUUAGAACAGGCACACGAGUAGUGUCAACAACUGCUCCUAGCCUCCUUCAUGGUGAUAACGUUGAUCUUAAUGAUCCGAAGCAAAUGGCCUUACAUAAACUCUAUCGACCUGAACGUAUUACACCAUCAAAAAGAGGCGUGGAUUUAUUGAAAACACCACAUCUUAAUAAGGGAAUGGCAUUUUCCCUAUUCGAACGUCAAUAUCUCGGUUUGCAUGGACUUAUUCCGCCAGCGUUCAUGACAGAAGAACAACAAGCGUAUCGUAUAAUGGCGAAACUUCGUAAACAACCUGAUAAUCUUUCAAAGUAUAUCCAAUUGGAUGCGCUGCAUGAUCGAAAUGAGAAGCUCUUCUAUCGUGUUCUUUGCGAUAACGUCAAGGAACUAUUGCCAAUUGUCUACACUCCUACAGUAGGAUUAGCUUGUCAGAAAUUCGGAUUCAUCUACCGUAAUCCAAAAGGUCUAUACGUAACAAUCAACGACAACAGCAUCAGCAAAAUCUAUCAAAUUCUCAGCAAUUGGCCAACACAAAAUGUAAAGGCUAUUGUCGUCACUGAUGGAGAGCGAAUUCUUGGACUUGGUGAUCUCGGCACUUACGGUAUUGGUAUUCCUGUCGGGAAACUUUCCCUGUACGUUGCUUUGGCCGGAGUUCAACCGGAAUGGUGUUUGCCGGUUAUUAUCGACGUGGGAACUGAUAACCUGGGCCUCUUGAAUGACCCAUUCUAUAUUGGACUUCGCAGAAAACGGGUUAGAGGAGAAGAGUACGAUCUCCUCCUUGAUAAUUUUAUGAAAGCUUGUACAAAAAGGUUUGGUCGUGACACGCUCAUACAAUUUGAAGACUUCGCCAAUCAGAACGCCUACCGUCUUCUGAAUAGAUACAAAGACGAAUAUUGUGUGUUCAACGACGAUAUUCAAGGUACUGCUGCUGUUGUUGUUGCUGGUCUUUUAGCAGCCACAAGAGUUACUGGCAAAAAAUUGCGAGAGCACCGAUUAGUCUUCUUUGGAGCUGGAGCGGCAGCAACUGGUGUGGCCGAAUUAUGUGUGAGAGCAAUGAGCGAAGAAGGACUUUCUGAAGAAGAAGCUUGUUCCAAAAUCUUUCUCAUGGAUAUUGAUGGAUUAGUGACAAAAAGUCGACAUAACACGUUACCAGAUAAUCAUUUAAAAUUCGCUAAGGAUAUGCCAGAUACGAAAAAUUUGCUUGAAGUUGUAAAGACUGUAAAACCUGAUGGUCUAAUUGGUGCUUCGACCGUUGGCGGUUCAUUUACAGAAGAAAUUAUUACGGAAAUGGCGAGAAUAAACCAACGACCUAUUAUAUUCGCACUCUCAAAUCCAACAAGUAAAGCGGAAUGUACAGCAGAGGAUGCUUAUAGAAUAACAAAUGGAUCGGUCCUCUUCGCUUCUGGUUCUCCGUUUGAAAAUGUCGAAAUAGACGGUAGAAUUUUCAAGCCCGGUCAAGGAAACAACUCGUACAUUUUCCCUGGAGUAGCACUUGCAGCUAUACUUUUCAAGGCGAAGCACAUUCCGGAUCAGGUGUUCCUUAUCGCUGCUCGCUGCACCUCGGAAUUUGUAACAGAGAAGUCGCUUCAAACUUAUGCACGAUUGUAUCCACGUUUAAAGGAUAUCCGAGAAUUAUCGGUGUUAAUAGCAAUCGAAGUUGGAAAUUAUCUGUACGAGCAAAAUCUCGCUACUCUCCAUCCGGAACCAGAGGACAAGGAAAUGUUUAUUCGUCAACAAAUUUACUCCGUUGAAUAUGAUGAGCUCAUUAAUAGAACAUAUGAAUGGCCUCCAAAAGAUAUGAAACAUGGUUUCCCGGUACCUGUGAUGGAACGAGCAUCUAUGGAUGAGGAAUAA